CGGAGAUUUUUCAAAAAUCUGACCGUUGCAGAGACGUUGGAGAGCAGUUAAUGCCUUGUUUGACCAUCCAAACGGAUCAAUACACCUCCUCCACUAUAUAUUGGUGAUAUCUACUUCAUUUUUACUCAUUCCAAUCAUCUCUUCUCCAUAUAUUCAUCAUAAUUCAUCAUUCUUGCUCCUAUUCUUCAUUUUUCUCUUCAAAAAUCUCUGCAAUCUCUCUCUCCUCUCUUGUUGCAAUGGCAGGCGGUCAAAGAAAGCGUUCCCGCACUGGCAAGAACGUUGCUUCUUCUUCGGCUCCUCCACCAUCAACGCACAAAUACCUUGACGGGUCGUUUCUUUGGUUCAACGACCGCGAAGAGGCUACAAGGUUCUCGGAGAAGUUUGAGCAUCGGGAAAUUCUCCCUCCCCGAUUCUCCACCGCCCGCUUCAUUCAUGACUCCAUCCCACGUGAGGCACGGGUUAUCCUUGAACAAGGAAACUUCCUCGAUCUCCUCUACAUCAAGAAGGUCAAUUAUCAACCUUUUCUUGUUCGAGCUUUCUAUUCGAACUUGAAAAAGGAUGAGGACGGAUCGUUGAUUUCAAACGUCAACGGGGUGGACAUUUAUUUGAAUGAAGAGAACAUUCAAAUCCUCACCGGGCUUCGUCGGGACGGACAGGAUCUCGGGCUCUACACCGGAGAAGAGGGGGCGCGGUUCAAUGAGACCGCUCUCUUGGAGGAAGUGGGCAUCCGUCACUUCGUACCCACUCCCCAACAGCGGCGCCCUACGAUUUCUUCCAUGAGUCCCGUGUAUCGUUUCAUCUUCUAUGUGUUGACACGGAUCCUCAAGCCCAGGAAGUUCAACCACACCAAUCUCUCCCAAGAAGACACGAAGACGAUCCAUGCGAUGAUUCACAACGCCAAUCUCAAUUGGUGUAAAUUUGUGAUGACUCACAUGUUCACGGCCACCUCCGACAAUCGGCCGCUCCCCUAUGCCCUCCUUGUCAUGGCAAUUCUUGAAGAAUACAACAUCAAAACCGAUGUUGGGCCAAAGGUAAAGGGGACAAAGCACUGGGAGAUUGAUGAGUCUUCUUUCCACUCGGGCACCGACGAGACUCCGUUUCGACAGCCUCGUCCACGCCGCCAACCGAGAGCCACUGCCUCAGCCGCCGCCACAUCGACCAAUCCUUCUCUCGCCGAGCAAAUGGCAGCCUUAACCGCCACUCUCUCUCGGAUUGACACCAACGUCUCCAAAACGGCGCACAACGUCAAUACCUUGAGCCGUGAACUUCACGGGUAUUUUGACAUUGUCAAUUACCCGUACGCUCAAAUGGUCCCUUACGUUCCUCCACCAAAUUUCGGAGGUGAACAAAGUGGGACUCAAAACGUUAGAAGAGAAGACGAGGUGGACGAUGAUGAUGAUGAUGAUGAUGAUGAUGGCGAUGGUGAUGAAGAAGAAGAAGAAGAAGAAGAAGAAGACAUUGACGAAGAACAACUUCUCAAUGAUCUUUCCCCGGAUUUCUAGAGCUCUAUCUCUACUUUCUUCUCUUCCUUAUUUUAUAAUCUUUUAAUAUGCUUUCGCUAUGUACUCCGCUUUUUCCCUUAAUUAAUUAAUAAAAAUCUUUAUGAUUU